AUGAGAUCGAUAUUGAGACAGCUCACCACCAUCGUGGGACUGGGCCUCGUCCCUUUAAUUCUCGCUCACGGCACCCAUGAGGACGGCACGGACGCCAUGAAUAUGGAUAUGGACCAGUCGUCUCACAGCAGCGGCCCAGAAGAGCCGAAGCCCGACAGCAGCUAUCCCCCCACAUACUUCGCGCUCGCCGACCAUGCGGGUGUCAUGUAUGCGCAUAUUGGAGCCAUGGUUCUGGCCUGGGUUUUCGUACUGCCAGUCGCUGUCAUGCUCUCGAUUGCCCGCUCCAGGUACACGCUUGCACUACAAUUCACCUUCCUUGCUGUGAAUGCGCUCGGCGUGCUUCUGGGGGGAAUCUACAAUGCUAGUACCCCCGAUUUGUAUCCCAACAACGCGCACCACAAGCUUGGUUGGUUUGUGACCUGGGUUGUGUCAGCACAGGUCCUGAUCGGCCUGGUUGGAAGAGUUGCGGGAGCUCUAAAAAGCGGGAGUGGAGAGAAUUACAGCAGGAACGAGUACCAGUCUUUCAUCCCUGUUUCCACCGCUGCCAUGGCCGAGCACCACCGCAUCAACGAAUCCCCAUUCGCCCCCCAUCCGUACCGCCUCUCCAACGACAGUGGACAGGGUACCGAACCCUGCACCGAGUCUCUCCGAAGCCAUUCUCGCUCAUCCUCCUCGAACGAGAUCUCCCCACGAGUUUCUGACGCCCAUCACAAAGAGUAUGUUGAGGACGAUGAUGAUUUAGAAGAUGGUCUGCCCAUGCCCAUGCCCAUGUCUAGGGCUGGCAGCAGCGACAGGGCCAACAAGAUUCUCGCCAAGAUUGCCGGCAAGAUUUCGUCGCGUGUUUGGAAGGGAUUGUUGUUUGUCUACAAUCUAGUUGACAGGACUAUUUUGCCUUUGGGUUCCGUUGCGCUAUGUUUGGGGAUUGUGGCGUACGGGCGGUUCUUUGAGGGCAAUGGAAUCUUCAGCGGACUAGCGCAUUGGAUCAAGGGUGGAAUUUUUUUCUGGCUAGGUUUGUUGACCCUCGGUCGAUGGACCGGCAGUUUCGGUGAACUCGGAUGGGCGUGGAAUGUCCGCCCGAAGCGAGCUGACGGCAAAUGGCGGCCCUCGGCGGAGUUCGUUGAAAGCGCCCUCAUCUUUGUAUACGGCUCCACCAAUAUUUUCCUCGAGCAUCUCGGUAACUGGGGAGGGGCAUACAGCGCCCAGGACUUAGAGCAUAUCUCCAUCACCGUUCUUUUCAUUGGUGGUGGGCUGGUAAGUUCUUGGCCGAGUUUUCGUCUCCUGCGUAAAUACAGUCUCACUAACACGGCGUGUAAGUUUGGCAUGCUCAUCGAGUCUAGCCGCAUCCGCGAUCUCCUGAACACGUCUGUCAUCGACUCCGCUGCACUCAACUCAGAGCGAACAUACGACGAAGAAGGGCGUGAGAUACUCCAGCCUCCUAAACAAUAUGAAUUUUCCAUCAACCCGAUUCCGGCCCUUGUCAUUCUCCUCCUGGGAAUCAUGAUGAGCUCGCAUACCCAGCAUUCGAUGAUUUCUAGCAUGGUCCAUAAGCAAUGGGGCAACCUUUUGACCGGUGCCUCCUUCGCGCGUGGCUUCACGUACGUGAUCAUGUACCUGAAGCCUCCCAAAUCGGUUCUACCUUCUCGGCCUCCCACCGAGCUCCUUUCUGCGUUUGGUCUGAUUUCCGGUGGUAUCAUAUUCAUGGCGAGUGCUAGCGAUACCGUCGAUGGCAUGAUCCACUACAAGCUGGAUGCUAUGUUCAUGUACACCGUGACCAUGGGCCUUGUGGGAGUUUUGAUGGCUUGGGAAGUCAUAGUUCUAGCCAUCAAGGGCUGGGCAGUGCGUAAAGAGGCUGGACGGCAACCAUAUAGACUUGCUUGA